AUGGCGAAACUUUUCAAGAAUGCUGCAGUGUUUGGUGCAACGUUGCUUAUGGUGUUGAUAAUGGUUGGGAUAGCAGAAGGACGCAGAGUCGAGAGAAAGGCUCUUGCUGGUGGCCUAGGUGGUGGUGCUGGCGGAGGAGGAGGGCUUGGAGGUGGAUUAGGCGCUGGUGGAGGCUUUGGUGGUGGUGCUGGCGGGGGCCUUGGAGGUGGUGGAGGAGCUGGGGGAGGAUUUGGUGGUGGCUCUGGUGCUGGUGGCGGCGUUGGUGGAGGGUUUGGUAAAGGUGGUGGAUUCGGAGGCGGUGCUGGCGGCGGCGCUGGAGGAGGCCUUGGAGGUGGUGGAGGAGCUGGGGGAGGAUUUGGUGGUGGCUCUGGUGCUGGUGGUGGCAUCGGAGGUGGUUCAGGUGGAGGUGCAGGAGGAGGAUUUGGUGGCGGAGCUGGUGGUGGUGGAGGAGCUGGGGGUGGAUUUGGUGGUGGCUCUGGUGCUGGUGGCGGCGUUGGUGGAGGAUUUGGGAAAGGUGGUGGAUAUGGCGGUGGUGGUGGCGCCGGUGGUGGUGCUGGUGGUGGCAUCGGAGGUGGUUCAGGUGGAGGAUUUGGUGGCGGAGCUGGUGGUGGUGCUGGCGGUGGCAUUGGUGGAGGAGCUGGUGGUGGCUUUGGCGGUGGUGCUGGUGGGGGAGCAGGUGGUGGUGCUGGCGAUGGCAUUGGUGGAGGAGCUGGAGGUGGCUUUGGCGGUGGUUCCGGUGGAGGAAUUGGUGGAGGAUUUUAA